AUGAACUUCACCGUGGGCUUCAAGCCGCUGCUCGGGGAUGCGCACAGCAUGGACAGCCUGGAGAAGCAGCUCAUCUGCCCCAUCUGCCUGGAGAUGUUCUCCAAGCCCGUGGUGAUCCUGCCCUGCCAGCACAACCUGUGCCGCAAGUGCGCCAAUGAUGUCUUCCAGGCCUCGAACCCUCUAUGGCAAUCCAGGGGCUCCACUGCUGUGUCUUCAGGAGGCCGUUUCCGGUGCCCAUCUUGCAGGCAUGAGGUGGUCCUGGAUCGACAUGGUGUGUAUGGCCUGCAGCGAAACCUGCUAGUGGAGAACAUUAUAGACAUUUAUAAGCAGGAGUCUUCCCGGCCACUGCACUCCAAGGCUGAGCAGCACCUCAUGUGUGAGGAACACGAGGAGGAGAAGAUCAAUAUCUACUGCUUGAGCUGUGAAGUGCCUACCUGCUCUCUCUGCAAGGUCUUUGGUGCCCACAAGGACUGUGAGGUGGCUCCACUGCCCACCAUUUACAAACGCCAGAAGAGUGAGCUCAGCGAUGGCAUUGCAAUGCUGGUGGCAGGAAAUGACCGUGUGCAAGCAGUGAUCACACAGAUGGAGGAGGUGUGCCAGACCAUUGAGGACAACAGCCGCAGGCAGAAGCAGUUGCUAAACCAGAGGUUCGAGACCCUGUGCGCGGUGCUGGAAGAGCGUAAGGGCGAGCUCCUGCAAGCGCUGGCUCGGGAGCAGGAAGAGAAGCUGCAGCGCGUCCGCGGCCUCAUCCGUCAGUAUGGAGAUCACCUGGAGGCUUCCUCUAAACUGGUGGAGUCAGCCAUCCAGUCCAUGGAGGAGCCGCAGAUGGCACUAUACCUGCAGCAGGCCAAGGAGCUGAUCAAUAAGGUCGGGACAAUGUCGAAAGUGGAGCUAGCGGGACGGCCGGAGCCAGGCUACGAAAGCAUGGAGCAAUUUUCCGUGAGCGUGGAGCAUGUGGCCGAAAUGCUGAGGACCAUCGACUUCCAGCCGGGCGCCACUGGGGAAGAAGAGGAUGAGGAGGUGGCGCUGGACGGGGACGAGGGCAGUGCAGGACCAGAGGAAGAGCGACUGGACGGGUCAGAAGCCCACGCGCACGGAACCUGGCGCACGGAACCUGGCGCCAGCGUCCUGGAGUAUCUGCACAAAGACCACCGCCGCCACCCACUUUGGCGCCAGGCGCCAGGGGAGGGCCUCAAUAAAGGAAUUUUGCGUCCCAGAUGCGUAUCUCGUUUCGCUGCCUACUCCCCCAUUCAGGGCUCUGGAGGCGACCUCGCCACCAACGCGCCCUUCCCCGCCUGA